ACAUCAGUAUUUUAUGCAUGUUUUAGUCAACACAUCCGAGCCACAGCUUGGAUACGAGGUGUCGGUGACGUGCUACGAGAGUCGUGGCGGGGAUCACGGGGCUCUCCGGAUAAACAUGCGGGUGGCCCAUUGCCCGCGGUGAACAUAUUGAUACGAUCGGGACUCGAUUAUAUCGGAGUGACUGAGGAGAAAGCGUGGGUGGCAAGCUGAUGAGAAGAACCUGUUGGAAGAUAAAUUUGGACUUGCCUGAAGUGCCGGAUCUGGAGAAGACUGAAUUGGCAAACUGUCACAUACCAUACAAACGGCACCAUUGCUAUAUUUGAGCUAUAUCUACAUCGUGAUUUUCAUUGUGCCGUGAUCUGCUCCGCCGUCCUCAGCUCCAUUGGUCUGCUUACCUGGCCCCUUUAGAACAACCCCUUAGCCAUAACGCAAUGUCGGUCUCUUCCAUCAAGCGAAAUCUUCCCUACGUUAUGCAGCAGGCUACUGCGGCCGUUGCAAACACUGGCCUCUUUGUGAAAUUUGUCAUUGCAGUAACUCUGGUUGGAUACUGCUUGUCCUUUUCUGACACACUUAUUGAUGUCCUGAGUGUGACACCAGGAUACCUGCUUCCACCAAGAUUCUGGCUCUGGACUGCAUUCACUCACUGCUUCCUCGAAGUUCAUUUGUGGGAAGUUUGUAUUGACAUUGUCACAAUUGUGUUGUGUGGAAAGCUACUGGAACCAUUGUGGGGUGGGAAUGAGAUGCUUCUUUUCUUCCUGGUGGUCAAUGUUCUGGUAGCAGUCUUGUCUGGCUUCUUCUAUCUUUUCCUAUAUAUGUGCACCUUCAAUACAGACCUCCUGUUCCAUGUGCACAUUCAUGGACUGGCUGGCUACAUUGCUGGCUGCUCUGUAGCUGUGAAGCAGAUCAUGCCAGAUCAUGUUGUUAUAAGGGCACCCAUCAAAAUCACAAACAGAAAUGUGCCUUUGAUCCUGGUCCUGUUCUCCAUCCUGUUGUACAUCAUAGGAGCUGUAGAGGGGAGCUAUGCAACUAUGUUCACCCUUGGAUUUGUUAUUAGCUGGACCUACCUUCGGUUUUAUCAGCCCCACUCAAAUGGAACUAAAGGAGACAUGGCAGAAGGGUUUGCAUUUGCCAAGUUCUUCCCCAAUGUGCUUCAGCCGCUCAUCUCGGUUGUUUGCAACGCGAUCCACUCGUGCCUGGUGAAGGUGCGUGUGUGCCGCCGCCCGGUGAAGAAGUACGACGUGGGCGCGCCCUCCUCCAUCACCAUCAGUCUGCCAGGCGUCGAGCCGCAGGAUGCUGAGAGGCGCAGGCAAAUCGCGCUGAAGGCUCUGAGCGAGCGACUGCAGCGAGUGGACUCGCCCACCUCCUGGCCGAGCAUGGAGGACGAUCCGAAGUCCCCUCCAGCCACACACAGCCCGCUGCCGCCGGCGGUGGCGGCGAGUGCGAGCCCGCCGGCUGCGGCGCCAGAGCCGGCAGCGCCGCUGGCUGAGCCGGCCGAGCCGGCCUCCCAGCCGGCCUCCCAGCCGGCGCAGCCCGACCCCACCGUUCGGGUGGUCUGAGCCGGACAGAUGGCGGCUGUGUUACGAACGGACACCGGGCCGAAGGUGACUGCUGGCCGCUCCGGCCGCCGGCCGUCGGCGGCCCUCUGGACGUCGCUGGUGUGGUGGCCGUCUGUGGUUGUUGCGUGACGUAUGAUAUGUGAGUGCGGUGUAAGCCAUGUAGCACAACUACACAACCGCUCGCGCGCGCACAUCACCGGGCAUGCGCAAAUGUUGCGAUCCGUGCAUGCAUUCUAGCAUAUAGUGGUCGCGCACGCCCGCGAAAUUCGUGCAAGUGAUCCGCAGCUGAUGGGAACAAGAGAUCGUUGGACUUCUAGCAUGCCGAAGGCAAGUGGUCAGUGUUUGAGCCAGGAGGUACGCACGCUUGUGUUGGAUGGAUGCAGUGCGAUGAGUGAUGAAGCUGAGAUCGCCCGACACGCCGGGACUGGUUGAAGCUGGCUGCUUUCCAGAAUGGGAUGGCUGUGUUGAGACGUUAUAGAUGCCUUGCUAUAUAUAUAUAUAUAUAUAUAUAUAUAUAUAUAUAUAUAUAUAUAUAUAUAUAUAUAUGCACACUAAAUGAUGUACUGUUUGGCCUAUUGAGUAGUCCCUGUGCUCUUGGUGGUAGGGAUAUUUUUGUGUGGUGUUAGCGAGUGAUUCAAUUAUCUAACUCGCGGUGGUGUUUGCGUGGAAUGGCUUAUAUUUAUAAAUGGCUUGGGCGUUUUGAUUCGUUGGUUUACUUACGCUUGCUUUCACGGAUUACUUUAAUCGAUCACACCUUUUUCUAAAAGCAUUGCCCUGUAAUCCGAUUGUUUGGAAAGCUGACGUUCAUACUACUUUUGCUGGCGUGUUAUUUGCUUGUAGGUUGAUGCAAAAAUACUAAUUCUCUUAAAUUGAAGUGGUUGAAAAUGCUGUAGCAACGCUUAUGUCAAUUUGCAUGUCAAAGCGCGGCUAGAAUUAUCGUGGCUCAAGAAAUAGCCUCUUAAAUACGAAAUGUAACAUUGCUAAAACCAACACAUCUCUGAACGUCAAUAUGCAACUGCUUACUGUAGUCAUACAAAUGUGAUGCUGCUCUUUGCUGGUCGUCGCCGUGCUUUCAGUGCCGGAGCUUGGCACAGUGGUUUGCGGCCUUGGCUAGUUUGCGCAUCGUCCCUUCUUGCGUUGGUGCGCGCUGUAAGGCUGCGCUGUAUUCUCGGCCAUCGAACGUUGGAAUAUUGUAGUACCGCGUGAAGCUGUUUCGCUACGCUUUCGGAACAUGCUAAUUUUCUCUAUGAUGUGUAGAGAAUACACGGAGUCAUUCCACGACCAAGCGCA